AUGCUUAAAGUCUUAUCCGUAUCUGCCGAUCCCUCUUUGACUUUUCCUGAAUCAACGAGAGAUGUCUCCCGUAUAGUGUCAGGAUGGGAAGCAGAGCGUGGUCAGCUGCCGUUCCAGCUGUCUAUUCGGAUGGUGAACCCCAACGGUUCAGUCAACUCGUGUGGAGGUAGCAUUAUUCACCAGGAAUGGGGUAUCACUGCGGCUCACUGCACCGCAACUCGCACCACUAUUGUGAUCCGAGCGGGCGCAGUCAAUCUCACACAACCUUUCUACAUCUUCGAAACGACAGAGUAUUACAACCAUCCUCUGUACAACGAAGCUUUGCAGCAGGUGGUGCAGCCAAAUGACAUCGGCCUCCUCAAGUUUGGGAGAGCACUCAUCUUCAACGAUUAUGUCCAACCGAUUAGGCUACAGAACUCUGAGUCUAAGAAUCGUGAUUACCAUGGCAUCAGAUUGACUGCCAGCGGCUGGGGGCGGACCUGGACCCAAGGACUGGCGCCUGAGAAUUUGAAUUGGGUAUAUUUGUUGGGCACCUCCAACAUCGACUGUUUGAUUGCAUUCGGAGGCAGCAGCAUCAUCCAAGAUUCAACCAUUUGUGCCAGCUCCUACAACGUCACCAGCCAGUCUACAUGCCAGGGCGACAGUGGUGGUCCGCUGACUGUGAUCGACUACGACGGUCAGCUGAGCGAGGUGGGCGUCACAUCGUUCGUGUCGGCAACUGGUUGCCACACUGGAUUUCCAGCUGGUUUCAUCCGACCAGGUCACUACCACGAUUGGUACUAUGAAGUGACAGGUAUAAACUUCGAUUGGGUGUUCAACCCACUUACAACUACCACAGAAGUACUAGAGACUACCACGGAAGUACUGGAGACUACCACGGAAGUACUGGAGACUACCACGGAAGUAUUGGAGACUACCACAGAAGUACUAGAGACUACCACGGAAGUACUGGAGACUACCACGGAAGUACUGGAGACUACCACGGAAGUAUUGGAGACUACCACAGAAGUACUAGAGACUACCACGGAAAUAUUGGAGACUACCACAGAAGUACUAGAGACUACCACGGAAGUUCUGGACAUUACUACGGAUAUAGACUACUGUACCUCGGAAGGACUGGAGACUACCACGGAAGUACUGGAGACUACCACACCGGUACCUGAAGUAGAAAUCGAGUAA